GGACGCAAGGCGACGACGCGCAGUGCCGAGCUUGCGACGCAAAGGUUGACGCUCGGCGGCUGCUGCGUCUAUUUCAGUUUUUGGUUCAGUCUGUGGCGUGCCGAGAUGGUCGAUCGUAGCCGGCGGCGUCCAUUUUAACAUCUAUAGUAAGUGAACACACACAACUCCUAGCAUCGAAGACACGACAAUCACAGCCAUGGACCCGGAAGCCUUCUUGGACAUCGCCAAUCAGGUGGUGAAGCUGAAGAUGUUCCCCUAUUUCGACAUCGCGCAUUGCACACUGUGCGCUUUGGCUGUUAGAGAGGACCUCGGAAGCGAUAAUUGGACGAUGGUGGACCCAAGGACAAAAGAAAGAUCAUUCUUCAGCGUUGUUAUGAUGUUCCAACAUCUGGUCAUAUGGGUGUCUUUAAGACUUUCUGAAAAAUUCAUUAAGAUGAAGGCUGAUGUAAAUUAUGUAAAACAUUGUACUUAUUGUGCCCAGGAUAAAGUAGAGCAGAAGCCACCUGCCAGUUUAAUGGGCGAACGUCUGGACAUAACAGAAUCAUUUCGGGCUUUAAGUCUUGACUAUAUUGGAUCUUUACCACCUUCAAGGAAAGGUUUUUGCUAUAUCCCUGUAAUUUCAGACUACUUUAGUACAUCAGCUUACUUAUUCCCUUGUCGAUCGGCUAAAGAUACCAGACAACCAGACACCAGAUACCAGACAACCACAUACGAGAUACCAGAUACCAGAUACCAGACACCAGAUACCAGAUACCAGAUACCAGAUACCAGACACCAGAUACCAGACAUCAGAUACCAGAUACCAGAUACCAGAUACCAGAUACCAGACACCAGAUACCAGACAACCAGAUACCAGAUACCAGAUAACCAGAUACCCAGAUACCAGAUACCAGAUACCAGAUACCAGACACCGUAUACCAGACACCAGAUAUCAGAUACCAAAUACCAAGUACCAGAUACCAGAUACCAGAUACUGAUACCUGAUACCAGACACCAUAGACCAGACACCAGACACUAG